AGGGGAGGUGGUUGUCAGGACGACCAUAACACCGCCCCUUUAUCCCAUUGGACAGCAGCGUAUGGCAAGGAGGAACCGUGUGACGCUUGAGUGACGUCAAGUCGCGUUCUGCAGCUGUUGGGUGAACUGAGCACAGGAACGGAGAGGCCCGGGGCAGUGACUGGCAGGAAGAGCGAUGGCAAGUUAUCAUUUAUGGUAAAUUAUCAGUGUUGGAAGAAAGAACAUUGAAGAUGGGGGCACUGGCAAGUCGGCAGCAUGCUGGAGUGGAAGAAAUGGACAUGCCAUGUAAUUCCCUCUACAGAUACCCACCCAAGUCUGGAAGUUACUUUGGCAGCCACUUUAUAAUGGGAGGGGAAAAGUUUGAGUCCAGCCACCCUGAGGGCUAUUUGUUUGGGGAAAACAGUGACCUGAAUUUUCUUGGGAGCCGGCCAGUCACGUUCCCAUAUACAGCCCCUUCCCCACAGGAGCCAGUAAAAACUCUGCGCAGUCUAAUCAACAUCCGUAAGGACACUCUGCGUCUCGUCAGGUGCACAGAGGAACUAAAGACCACAGGCGUGGAGGGGAGCCGCCCCAAGGUGCAUUAUAAUGUGGAGUUCACUUUUGAUACAGAUGCUCGAGUUGCAAUCACCAUGUAUUAUCAGGCCACUGAGGAGUUCCAGGGAGGCAUUCCCAGCUACUUGCCCAAAUCCAGCAACCUACAGUCAGACACCGUGCACUUCAAAAGAGGAGUCAGCCAGCAGUUCUGCUUUCCUUCCCAUACAGUGGACCCUUCUGAAUGGAGAGAAGAAGAGCUGACGUUUGAUCUGGACAGAGAGGUUUACCCAAUGGUUGUCCAUGCAGUGGUAGAAGAAGGAGAAGAGCAUCUUGGACACUCCCAUGUACUCAUGGCGACAUUUGAAAAACACGCCGAUGGCAGUUUCUGUGUGAAACCCCUGAAACAGAAACAAGUGGUGGAUGGAGUAAGUUACUUACUGCAAGAAAUCUACGGUAUUGAGAAUAAAUACAACAGCCAGGACUCCAAGGUAGCUGAAGAUGAAUUGAGCGAUAACAGUGCAGAAUGUGUGGUGUGCUUGUCUGAUGUCCGAGACACACUCAUCCUGCCGUGCCGACACCUGUGUUUGUGUAACGCGUGUGCAGACACAUUGCGGUACCAGGCCAGUAACUGCCCUAUUUGUAGGCUGCCUUUCCGAGCCCUCCUCCAGAUCCGAGCCAUGAGAAAGGUCCCUGGUCCGCACUCUCCAGGUGGUUUUAGCCCCAUUAUAGCAGCCCCAACCUCAGACUCAGAGGAGCACACGUCAGAACAUGUACCUCCUGGAUAUGAGGUGGUCUCUCUUCUGGAGGCCCUAAAUGGUCCCCUGACCCCAUCACCCUCUGCACCCCCACUACGGGCUCUAGGAGAAGCAAGACGCCCUGGAGGUCUGCCAUCGUACGGCAGUGACAUACACCUGCGCAUGCACUCACCCUUGCAGCAUCUCUGUGGAGGCCAGGCCUUAAAACUGAAGAAGAGCAUAUCUAGGUCCAUUUCCCAAAAUUCUUCAGUGCUGCAAGAAGAUGAGAUGGAGAAAUCAUUCAGUGAAGCUGAAAUCCAGACGCCAAGGAAAAAGACAUCCCAGCUGGCUGAGGCAAGAAGAGCUGAGAAUGGCGUGACCCCUGAAAGUGAAAACCUUACCUUGUCUUCCUCUGGGGCCAUUGAUCAGUCUUCCUGCACAGGAACACCCCUGUCUCCUACAAUCUCCUCCCCUGAAGACCCCCUGAGCAGUAGCCUGGCCCAGUCCAUAAUGUCCAUGGCCUCGUCCCACAGCCAGCAGUCCCAGCUCAGCACUGACACCGUAUCUUCCAUGUCGGGCUCCUACACAGCUGGGGGAAUGGAAGAGGAGGAAGGGGGGAUCACUCCAUCGCCUCCAGCAGCUGCAAGUGGAUCCCCCUCCAUCGAGGGAGAGCUGUCACCAGCAGAGUCCCCAGAGCCGCACUUUGUGACUGUUUCUGCUGAGGAAAUGGAUGCAGAGGGAAAUGUCACAGAGGAAGAAUUUGCAUCGCCGGAGGAAGAUGAUGGGCAGAUGACUGGCAGAGAGUGUGACAAUAACAAUGCUGCUGGCGUCACACUGAGGGACGUUCUGGACAAUGUGCGGGGCUCUGAGGGCUGCCUGGCCGAUGUUUGCUACAGCAGCAUCCCUGGGCAGCAACGGAGUAAUCCUUAUCAUGGGUCGGACAACUGCAUCUCGCUGCAGGACGACACACAGAGCCAUCUGAGCACUAAGUUAGUGUGAAUGGCAGCCUCUCAUAUACUGACCAGACUUGCUGCUUUCUCUGGGGACUCUUCUCAUCACCCACUGAGAGGUUUUGCCAUCCCACAGUCACUCAGGAUAACUCAAAGACUUACGCCUACUUCCCGGUCUCACAUCUAUAUGGACUUUUUGGAACUUGCUUUGACAUGUACAUACAUGGUAUCUUCUGCUGGAAAGGAAAGCUUGUCCCACUCCUUUGUUUAAUAUUUGUCCUACCCAUGAUGUACAUAUUCUGUGUAUAAAUAUAAAUGCAGGGGUGGCUCAUUA